AUGGCUGCAUUAGUAUCGACGGUCUCGCUUCUAACCUUAUUUUACAUGGUGACUGCGGAAUCACAGGUGCCGUGUGUGCAAUUAAACGAUGGUAAUCUUAUGCCGAUCGUUGCCCUAGGAACCGGUAGAGGUACUGCUAAAGAGAACGAAUCCUUAGACGACGUCCGUAAAGCAGUCUUCUGGGCUUUAGAGGCUGGGUAUCGGCACAUCGACACAGCUGCUGCAUAUGGUGACGAAGAGCAAGUAGGACAAGGAAUAGCGGAAGCGAUAGCAAAGAACAUAAUCACUAGAGACAACAUAUUCGUUACCACUAAGCUGUGGAAUGAUAAACAUCGACGAGAACAAGUUGUACCGGCAUUGCGGGAGUCUCUUAGUCGACUUGGACUAGAUUACGUUGAUCUAUUUUUGAUACAUUUCCCUAUAUCUAUGAAGGAAGAUGGUUCGCCGGAUUAUGUGGACUAUCUCGAAACUUGGCAAGGCAUGGAAGAAGCCAAGUUACUUGGACUCGCUAGGUCCAUUGGCGUGUCCAACUUCAAUAUCGAACAGUUGAAGAGGUUGAUGGCGAACAGCAAAAUUCAGCCAGUAGUGAAUGAAGUUGAGGUCAGUCCUACGUUCACUCAAGAGCCGAUGGUUACCUUCUGUAUGGAGAACGGUAUAGUGGUCAUGGGUUAUAGUCCGUUCGGCUACUUCGUCGGCAGAGACAGCGCUAAGCAAAAUUUAGACAAAACAGCUCUCAUGCAAAUAGCCGACAAAUACGGAAAAUCCUUCGGGCAGGUCAUCUUGAGAUAUUUGCUUCAGCGCGGCGUUAUUCCGAUACCAAAAUCUACAAACCAAAAAAGGAUAGUUGAGAACAUCAAUCUUUUCGAUUUCGGCCUCACCGAGGAAGAGGUUGCUACAAUUAGUAGUUAUAACACAAACAAACGUGUUAUCCAUCCGGUUGAAUGGAAAGACUAUCCUUUCUAUCCUUAUGAAAACUAA